AUGAGCUCCAUGGCUGCAGGCAGCUCGGGCGCGCCCGUGUGCGUGCUGGCCAUCCUGGAGCAGCACAAGGCCUUCCUACGCAGCCUGGACGACGACGUGUACACAUUCCACAGCCCGCUGGUCGAGGGCUCCGUCGGGCAGCACACGCGCCACUCGCUCGACCACCUGCGCAAGCCGCUCGAGCUCUUGGCCGCCGAGCAGCAAGGCGGCAGCGCCGAGAACAUGGUGCGCUACGACAUCCGCGACCGUCACACGCCCGUGGAGAAGGACCGCCACGCCGCCAUCGCGCUGAUCGAGCAGCUGGAGAAGACGCUGCGCGCCGUGCCACAGAGCGACCUGGCGCGUCCGGUGCACGCCGCGUUCAUGCUGUCGGCGGACGGGCGCGAGUUCGACUUUGAGUCCACCUUCAGCCGCGAGCUGGCCUUCGCCGUGCACCACUGCAUCCACCACAACGCGCUGUCGAAGGUGCUGCUGCGCCACCACUUCCCCGAGCGGAGAGUGCCCGACGGCUUCGGCAUGGCGCCGUCCACGGCGAACUUCAAUCUGACCCACCCGCACACGCAGUGA